AUGCCCACCAACGCCAUUUCGGCGGCAAGCUGCACCAUCAAGCUGCUUGAUCCAACAAAAUCGACAACCUCUACGGCUUGUCCCGAGUACCUCCAUCAGUCUCUGAUAGACCCCAAGACGGGUGCACACCAAGAAAUCGUGACGAUCGAAUCCAAAGCAUCACAUCGAUUCGAAAUCUCCUAUGACAUCCAUCCAACUGCUAGUGACUUACUUGCAAAAAAAUCCAGUAAUCAUUCCAGAUCUAACAAGACUUGCAGAUCCCUGAGAAUGCACGACUACGCCCUGGAAAUAUGGAUGGAUGGGUUGGAGAUCGCAACGUCCUGCUCCCCCCGGUCUCGAAAACUUGGGCCGAUGAGUAUGUCAGAAGUAGUUGAGAACGAAACGAGCGUACGGGCAUUCGAAUUUGCGCCUCUUAAACUUGUGGAUCCGGACGACCAACUCGGCGACGACGAGGACGAGGACGAUCGAGGCGAAAAACUGGCAACCAAGCUGCAGGUUUGUCAGGACGAGAAUAUCAUCAAGGCGCUCGGCAAGAUCGAGGUUCGGUUCUUCAAAUGUAAGCUUACUACUCGAGAGGCAAAGAAGAGCCGAGCAAAGAGCACUGGCAUUGAUCCGACUUGGACGAAGACUACCAACGAGAUGCGCUUCUCGGAAGCCGUCAAAAUCGUCGGCUUGUCCGCCACCGCCGGCUUAAGUCAACCUACCAUCAUCGAUCCCAGCCCCAAAGGAGGAAAAUUUUAUCGGAUCAAAUCGCAAGAUGAGAAUCCGUUUCUUCACUUCAUCUUUCAUUACAAGCCGCGCCCGGUUUUGAUAGCCGAAGGGACCAUUGUUCCUCCGGCUCUGCGAAGGAAUGGACGAGAUCCAAGCACCGCGAUUCGAAUCGAAUCGGAUAGUGAACCGGAGAAAGAACAGUCGAAGACAGUCAAGAAAGAGAGAGCGGGAGAGAGGGUGGUCAAGAAGGAGGAGGAAGACUGUCGAUGUGCUUGUAAGAAGCGCGGGCCCGACGACGAUGCGGUUGGUGAUCCUCAGACUAGUUCCGAGCCAAAGCGAAGCCGGCCGUCGGAUGGGGAGGAGGAUCAAAAGCCCAACAUUGAUCAAAAGCCCAACAUUGAUGGCUCGACCUAA